AGGGAAACUUCAUAGGGUUUGUCCCGAGUCUAGCACGGUUCCGCUAAAUAAGGGCCUAUAAACCGGUAAACAGCCUGGCACAUACCCGGACCAGUUGUCAUGUCUGGCAUUGCCCUGAGUCGUCUAGCACAGGAGCGCAAAGCGUGGAGAAAAGACCACCCGUUUGGCUUUGUUGCCGUGCCAACGAAAAACCCUGAUGGAACCAUGAACUUGAUGAAUUGGGAAUGCGCCAUUCCAGGGAAAAAGGGGACCCCGUGGGAGGGAGGCUUGUUCAAACUGAGGAUGCUCUUUAAGGAUGACUACCCCUCAUCUCCCCCUAAAUGUAAAUUUGAACCUCCACUGUUCCAUCCUAAUGUGUAUCCUUCUGGAACAGUCUGUCUGUCCAUUCUAGAGGAGGACAAAGAUUGGAGACCAGCCAUUACCAUCAAACAGAUUCUGUUGGGGAUUCAGGAGCUUCUAAACGAGCCCAAUAUCCAAGACCCUGCUCAGGCCGAGGCAUACACCAUCUACUGUCAGAACAGAGUGGAGUACGAGAAGAGGGUGCGGGCGCAGGCAAAGAAGUUCUCUCCGUCGUAGAGGACGGGAGCGCAGGGAGGAGCGGACGGCGUGACGAGGAGGUUCUCUCCCUUUCUGUAACCCACCUGUUCUCCUGUCACAGGGACAAUAUGGACUGAAAACUCAAACUACAGCCUGUGCCAACUACUCCUGCUACCCACAGCCCCCAUACCAUUCUCUCUCUCUCUCUCUCUCUCUCUCUCUCUCUCUCUCUCUCUCUCUC